UGUGUAUGCAAGUGCAUUUCCAUCACAGGCAUGAUAGUGGCAAUAUGAAUCCGCCAUUGAGUUUCCAUAUCCAUCGACUUCCAGCCGGUCUUUGCCACUUGAAUCAGUUGUAUUCGGAGCGCCAACGAAGUAACAUCUCCAGUGCCAAGUGCUGUGUAAUUGAUCAAUUUUUUUUUUGUACCAACUUUUGAGACACUUAGACAAGUCUAACAAUGGAGGCCCCAUCUACCAAGGACUACCCAACAAUGGGCAAGGAUUUCAUCAGUGAACUGGAGUCAUUUGAUACCACCAAAAUGAAAGAUGUCAAUACACAAGAAAAAAUCAUUAUGCCAACUGCCGAAGAUGUGCAGUUUGAGAAGAGGGAGGCCAGUUUGUUCAAAGGGAUCCAAUCUUUCGACACGGCCAAAUUGAAGCAUGCCGAGACCAAAGAAAAGAACCCAUUGCCAGACCAGGAAGUGAUUCAGCAAGAGAAAGGCGUACAGCAGUUGAUUUCUGGCAUUGAAAACUUCGAUCAGGGCAAACUGAAGCACACCGAGACGUGCGAAAAGAACGUAUUGCCGACCAAAGACAUCAUUGAGGAGGAGAAGAAGACGGCGUAAAUACCACAAUAUAAAGGCGAAUUAAGUAAAAAGACCCGAAAAGUCCAUAUAUGUGAGAGAGACAGAAAAAUAAGGAUUAAUCAAAAUAAUUUACAUCGAACUUUUCUUGAAGGCGAUUUUUCUCUAAUUAAUGUAUUCUUUUCAUAAAAGUUUUUUUUUUAAAAGACAUUUUGUUCUCUUGCAGAAAAAUGACCUAUAAAUGUGAAACUUUGAGAAAAUCGUAUUUUUCAUGUAAUAUUUCUAUGUUUUAUUUUUUUCUAAUACUAAAUACAACUUAAGAUUAAAAAAAGACUCUAUACUAUUUGCUGUAUUCUUUAGUGUUUUGUGUUUGUUUUACUAUAUUCUUCUGAUGAAUUAAAUUUCUUUUCCUAACUAAGUCUUCACAAAACUACUUAAUAUUCAACAUAAUCUUACGUGGUAUAUAAACAUAUUAACUAAAAAUAAUCAAUUUAAAAUAUUUGUAUUGAAUAAAAAUGAAGAAAUUAAGUAAUAACUCUAAAAAAAAGAAAAAAAAAUAGGAUGAAAUCAUCUUUUGUACUUUUUUACCCAGAUUUCAGUAAGAAAUUCUUUUAAUAGAGUACAUGUGAUCGAGAUAUUGUAGCAUUUUGUUUAUCACUCGUAUGAAGUGAAGUCACUAUUUUAAUAAGAUAUCGAAAUUAUCUGCUAUAUUUUCAUAUUAAAGAAAAAAGGAAGAAAAAAGAUAAAUGAGAUGAAAUUGAUUUGCCGAAAGAAUUUGUGUAACACAAGCGUAUGACGAACAGAUGGAAAUUUCGCAUUAGAUGUCGAAACAGUGAAAUUACAGAUCAAUUAUAUUGUUCUGGUGCUUCAAUAAAUCAUUUAAAAUUAA